AUGAGGUCGUCCUGCGUGCUGCUCACCGCCCUGGUGGCGCUGGCCGCCUAUUACGUCUACAUCCCGCUGCCCAGCUCCGUGUCCGAUCCCUGGAAGCUGAUGAUGCUGGACGCGAUUUUCCGGGGUGCACAGCAAAUGAGUAACCUGAUACACUACCUGGGACUGAGCCAUCACCUACUUGCACUGAAUUUUAUCAUUGUUUCUUUUGGCAAAAAAAGUGCAUGGUCGUCUGCCCGAGUGAAGGUGACUGACACUGACUUUGACGGUGUGGAAGUCAGAGUGUUCGAAGGCCCUCCAAAGCCGGAAGAGCCACUGAGACGCAGUGUUGUUUAUAUCCACGGAGGAGGCUGGGCCUUGGCAAGUCCAAAAAUCAAGUAUUAUGACGAGCUGUGUGCAACAAUGGCUGAGGAAUUGAAUGCUGUCAUUGUCUCCAUUGAAUACAGGCUGGUUCCAAAAGUUUAUUUUCCUGAGCAAAUCCAUGAUGUUGUACAUGCCACAAAGCAUUUCCUGCAGCCAGAAAUCUUACAGAAGUAUAUGGUGGACCCAGGCAGAAUUUGCAUUUCUGGUGACAGUUCUGGUGGAAAUUUGGCUGCUGCCCUUGGACAACAGCUUACUCAAGACCCCAACUUAAGAAAUAAGCUAAAAUUGCAAGCUUUAAUUUAUCCAACUCUUCAAGCUUUAGAUUUUAACACACCCUCUUAUCAGCAAAAUGUGAACACCCCAAUCCUGCCCCGCUAUGUCAUGGUAAAGUAUUGGUUGGACUACUUCAAAGGCAACUACGACUUUGUGCAGGCAAUGAUAGUUAACAAUCACACGUCACUGGAUGUGGAAGAGGCCACUGCCCUCAGGGCUCGUCUAAACUGGACGUCCCUCUUGCCUGCAUCCAUCACAAAGAACUAUAGUCCUGUUGUGCAGACCACGGGCAAUGCCAGGAUUGUCCGGGAGAUCCCUCAGUUGCUGGAUGCCCGCUCUUCCCCACUCAUAGCGGACCAGGAAGUGCUAGAGCACCUCCCAAAGACCUAUAUUCUGACGUGUGAGCAUGAUGUUCUGAGAGACGAUGGAAUCAUGUAUGCCAAACGUUUAGAGCGUGCAGGCGUGGAGGUGACCCUGGAUCACUUUGAGGAUGGCUUUCACGGAUGCAUCAUUUUCACCAGCUGGCCCACCGACUUCUCGGUGGGAAUUCGGACUAGGAAUAGUUACAUCAAGUGGCUGGAUCAAAACCUGUAAAGGAAUAAAACUUCUAGAAGGCUCCAGUGAGCCCCUCUUCACCUCCUAUACCUGCUUUGG